CAACAACCAGGAAUAUGACACCUGUCAGUCCAAAAUCGAUAUGGAUUUAUUUUUGCAUUAUUCUCUUAUUCCUUCAGUUCUAAUAAUCCUGCUACUUUCCUUUCUGGAGAGACGCACUACUAGGACAAGAUUUGAUGAUAAAAUACAAUUACUUGAUAGAAGGUUUGGAUUUGUAAUUCCUUUAGAUCUAAUAGGGACCUUCAAAAAUAGAUGGACAUAUGGCUUUGCCUUUGGGGCAAUUGCGAACAAAGUUAUAUCACUUUUUUCUGAGGAAUACCUGCCACCAGGUGUGCCAUCAUGGGCAAGAGCACUUGGCCUUUUAGCGGGAGCUGUUGAAGUUGGAUUGUCCUAUUAUCCAAUUUUUGCAUGUCUCUCUACAAGCAAUACAAUAAUUGGAUCCCUUACAGGAUUUCUAUAUACUCUUACCUGGUUUGUAGUCACAGUGAUUGACAUUGCAUCAUGCCCUCAUGGGGAGAUCGUAGGUCAAUAUGAAAAGGUCAUUUUUUAUUGGCCAUCUCUCUUGUGCUUAAUCUUCUUGAUGGGACGGUUUGUUCACAAGUUUAUAAAGUCCAUUAGAAUACUGCUUGGAGCUGACAUCAGAAAUGAAGAAAUAUGUUUUCUACCAAACCAUCAAGCUGAGCAUGUAAAAAGACUCUUCAGAAAACCUAUAGAGGUGAAGAAAACCUGGUUUGAAAAGAAGAUCUACACAUGGGAUCCAAAUUUUAAGUUUCCGAGCAGAAUGAUUGGCACUACUGUGUUGUCGUUGUUUUGCCUUUACAUUUUGGUCACUAUAGAGUACAGUGUAUUUAGAUUCGGUGUGAGUCUGUUGCAGAGCUUCGAGGCACGGCUAGAAGCACAGACAGCUGACGUAUCUUGGGAUGGAUACAAUAGUUCCGUUGCCUCAUUUAAGGAAUUCAAUAGCAACUUAGUAGGUGUCUGGUAUUUCACCACUAUGUUAUCAUGUGCAGUCUCUGUGUCGUAUGUCUUUCACAUUUUAGUCUGCUACAGAAAACAUAUGAAGAGACUCCAGAUUGGGGAAAAGGGGUUUCUUCCCAUAAAAUGUCACAAUCCUUCACCUGCUCAGUCAGUGGCUGCUAUAGCAAGAUAUACUGGCUGGCAAGUAGCAUAUAUUUUAUGGGGUUACCUAAUACUCCACAUAGUCCAGUGCAUGUUCGGCAUGGCUUUUGUUUAUGCAUUUGUUGUUCCAUUAAAAUCCGGACAAGCUCUGGUAUUUCUAAGAGGCCUCGGAAUUUCCAUCCUUACAAUUUUAUUUGUUAUUUUGCUGAUGGUCCUGCAAACUGUGUUAGCUGGGCAAUUCUUUCUGCAAAAGAAAAUAUCACCAGAAGAUAAACAGAAGCCCCUAGCUCUAAACAACAGGAAAGCCUUUCAUAAUUUCAAUUAUUUCUUCUUCUUCUAUAAUGUGAUCCUUGGUUUAAGUGCUUGCCUACUCCGGCUAUUCAUUGGUUUGAUUUUGGGGAGUUGGCUGAUUGCAAGGAUUGACAGGACAAUACUGCAACGUGGAUAUGAGUCAGCUGACAUGGGUUACAACACAUGGAUUGGGAUGAUAUUUGUGGAUCACUAUCAUACAAACCCAGUGCUUGUGUGUUUCUGCAACAUUCUUCUGACAACGACAGCUGAAAGAAAACUUAAUAUGUUAUCAACGUACUCAAAUUUUAGUAAUUCAUCAGGACCUCACACAUCAGCUAAAGCCAGAACAAGAUGGCUCCUCUUUUACACUCUUUUGAAAAAUCCCAGACUUAUACUACAAAGGAAAAAAAAGGAAAUGUAUGACACAGACAUUGACAAUACUGCAAUACAAACCAGACUUAUCCAGGCUUCUGCACUGGAGGCUGAAAUAAGACGUAGCCCCAAGCCAGUUGAGUUAGAUAAUGUAGAAAUAAGGGCAAGACAUCCGAUAUUUGAGUUAGACCUGCCAUAGACCAAAAUCAU